AUGACUGCGCUGUCGGCCCUGUGGAGUAGCGCCAAAGGGGCCCUGUGGUCAUGGCUCGGGGUCUUGAGCGCCAUCGCAGUGACGAUCAUCAUCUAUGCCCUGGUCCGCACCUUCGAUACCUUCUGCUCCCCGGAUGAAUCGGACGCCAACUGUCGCGCCAAGCAUGCCGUCCUGAACUGCACGGUGCUGAUGGCAGGUCUGUGGGUGGCUGGCAAGCCACACAGUGCUGUAGUGGCGUUGUUUCCGGUGAUCUUUUUGCCCAUGAUGGGUGUGGGCGGGCACCACUACAGACUGGAAGACCAGUACUUCAACAAGGUGAACUUCAUCUUGCUGGGAAGCUUCUUAUUGGCCUUCGCCAUUGAAGAGGUGGGUUUGCACCAUCGCCUGGCGCUGAAGUUGCUGUCCAUGGUGCCCGGAGACCCUAAGAUGGUCUUGCUGGCGAUGAUGCUGAUCAGUGCCGCGCUGUCAGCCUUUAUGUCCAACACCGCAACGGCUUCGCUGAUGUGUCCUUUAGCCAGCUCCCUUUAUGAAGAGAUGAAAGAAGUGACCAGCGAGCGCCAGGAGCCCAGAAGCGACAGCGACAGCCAGGGCAGCGUUUCAACGGACAGCGAGACCAGCAGCAACAAGACCGAGCGCACCGAGAUGGCAGCGUUGGAUCACAUGUUCAAGAAGAUGGUAUUGGGUGUGGCGUAUUCGUGCACCAUUGGUGGUGUGUCCACCAAGACGGGUACAGGGACCAACCUGGCCUUCACAUCCAUUUAUGGCAACCUCACGGGCAAUACCAUCGGCUUUGGCUACUGGAUCUUGACAGCUCUGUCGGGCAUCGACAAGUUCAUCUUUUUCGAUGCCGCCAUGGCCAUGGUCUCCCUGGCUGACCUGGACUGCCGCAGUGCCUCGCUCGACGUGUGGCUGCCCCUGCAACAAGGUGCCGUCGAGGCGCUGGAGCUUUGGAAAGCAGGGCUGCAGGAGCCUCCUUCCGAGCUCCUGGACUUGUGCCUGGACUUGAUGGAGACACAUAAGGUGAAGCAUCAAAAUCUUUAUGCCACCUUCUGGGCAGAUCGGGAAGAGGCAGAUCCCUGGCCCUUUGGGAAUUUCUGCAUCCUGGGGGCGGUCACCGCGCUCUACUUGCUGGCCUGGGGUGCCAGUAGUAAGGGCGACCUUCCUCAAGCUGAAUACUUCCUGAUGGCCGGCAUCUCCAUGUUGAGAAUGGACGACCAUGAUUUUUUCGAGCACAGCGGAUGGCCAUUUACGUCCUUUGACCUCCUUUCCAACGUCUUUUUUCUUCGCCACGGUUGGCCCUUUCAAUUGGUCCAUGUGAAGCCAGCAGACAGCCCCUGGAUCCGGCAGCGCUUGCCGCUGGUGUGGCCCUCCCAUGCGCCUAGAUGUUGGCCCCACUGUCCCAACGAAUUCCAGGAGCCCGGGCUGGAGCACAAGUUGCGGAAGCUGAAAGUCUGGUGGACCUCUAAACACCCGGGACCCUUCGUGGAUUUCGCCUUUGUGUUGGAGAACUGGAUGAGCGAUCGCUAUGACGUGGAAGUCUCACAUCAUGCGCUGGGGGACAUCUGCGUCUAUGCGCGCUACAAGGACUGGCUCUGCUCAAAGGAUCAGCGCCUGAAAGAGGUGAUGGAAGAGCAGAGGAUCCUGAAUCAGAUCACACAGAGUGACUGUGGAGAAGAGCGUGGACAGUGGUGUGGCUUGCGGGAAUUGCACCAGGAAUUUGAUAGCAAGGUGCUUCCGCGCUUUCAGCAGUUGUUCCCGGAGUUGCGACAGAUGGACAUGUUGGCCUGUGGCCAUCCGCUUUACUGGUGCAGAUUGUUGGCCAAUUUUGGUGCACCUUUGCUGGGGAUCUGGGACAUGUCGCACCAGUUAUGGGUCCCGGAGGAGUUGCAGGAUCAGUGGACUGAGGAUUUUUUGGAGCUUUUUCACAGGAAAGAAAAUGUGUUGCUGACCAUGUCUGCCCACAACAGCUUUCAGGUCCGUUGGUUAUUGGGCUUGAAGGUGCCCUACUUUCAACCAAUCAACCCGGAUGUGUCGCUGGAGGCCAGGUAUGCUCCUGAGGUAAGACCUCAGGAGGUCUUCGUCAGCAGAUUUAACACCCCUUACGAUGUGGAGCUUCUCCGGAGAUUCGCCGAGGCGGCGGCCAUUUUGCCCUUCCGCUUCGUGUCCUGGGAGGAAAUGCCUUGUGGCAAGCACUGCUCCAAGGCCCAGUUGGCUCAGUUUCGCGGCAGCGUGUUGUGUGCCUACGACACGGGACCCUUGAAGCUGGCGGAAUUUUAUGCCAUGGCCAUCCCCAUCUUCAUCUUCUCCGGGGGCUUAUGGCGCACCACCAUGCGCUGGGCGCGCGCCGACGCCAAGCCGGCGGGCCCUGUGGCCUUCUCCUUGGGCCGCGACUUUCGGGAUCCGCACCCAAAGAAUUUCCAAUGGCUAGAAAGGGCCCUGAGAAACGAGACGGAAAGCCUUCACUGGGAAGAUCCCUGGCAUCCUCAGCUGACGCCUGAUUUAUAUCAAGGCCCGCCUUAUGUCGACUUGCCCUAUUCGCCCUAUUUCCAGGAUCGCGCCGAGCUCAUAACGCCGGGAGCCGCAUUCUGGGCGCAACUCACUGAUUGGGCACUGCUGCCGCACCUGUUGCGCUACGAAAGUGUGCCACAGUUGUUGCAGAUGCUGCUGGACUUAUCACUGGAUCAGUUGCAGGAGAUCAGCCGACAGAUGGUCAGCCACUAUACCAAGCUCUUGGUUGCCUCGACGAACUUUUGGCGUGCAGUGGUGAUGAGCUUGGUGGAAGAUGGGGAUGCCUCGAAGUGGCGAGUCUUGACGUUAGGGGCGGCGCCUCAGAAAACUCACGGCGGCCGAGCCCAUAUGACUUCCAUACGUAGAGGUCUCAUCGGUCUCAUCCUUUUGCCCUUGACGGUGGAUGCCUUGGAGAUUCAGAUGCAUUUGCUGCGGCAUUUGGAGAUCGAAACGGCUGAAAUGCGCAGAAUGAAGGCUUCGCCCAUGUUCUGGCUGCACAUCCCCAAGUGCGGCACCAGUUUCUUGGACACCUUGGUGCACAUGCCCGGAAAUUGUCCUGGAUGGCCAGAGAACUUGAGUGUGAACGAUGAAAUGUUUGGCAAAUGCUUCGAAGAUGCUUCUCGGUCAAUGUGCCCGGUGUGGUGUGAUCAAGCACGUUUGCAUUGCAACCGAAACCCAAAUGAAACUCAUCAGUUUUUGAAUGAAGAAACCUACCAGAUCUACAAGGGAAAGUUCGUGGCACUGUUCCGGCAGCCAGAGCAACGUUUGCUGUCUGCUUGGUAUGAUGACGCCAACAUCUUUCGGGCAGACCCUUUUGUCUCUGCGUGCGCCGAGAAUCGCACGCCUGAAAGCCUCAUGUCCAUGGAGGAAUUUCAGGGACACUUUGGCAAUUGGGAAACAAAGCAGCUGGUGGGCAAACAGUUUACCGCCACACAGGCCGAUGUCCCGAUGGCAUUGGAGCGCUUGAGGGAAGGCUUUGCUUUCGUGGGUUUGCAAGAAGAGUGGUCGCUUUCCAUCUGCCUGUUCCACGCGAAAUUCGGAGGACCCUGUCGAAGCGUUGAAUUUCUGGACACCAAACCCAAUAAUCGCAGAACAAACGUUACAAGCACUUAUGAAACGGCGAUUUUGAAUGGCUGGGUGAAUGAAAUGGAUCGUCCUGUCUAUGCAGAGGCCGUCAAAAUCUUCAACGCGGAUUUGGAGAAAUUUGGGGGCCUGGGCUCCGUCCAGCGCUUCCCGACGCAAGCGCUGCGGCAGCGCUACGAAAAGCUGGGUGCGACCACGCGGCAGGAGCUGACUGUGGCCGCAAUUUGCCUGCUGACGGUACUGGGAUGGUUCUUCCGCGCCCCCGCGUGGGGAUAUGGCUAUUCCGAGCUCUUUCCGGACCCCGACGCCUUUACGGAUGCCACCGUGGUGCUGGCGGCCACGCUGCCCUUGUUUUUCAUCCCAGGGAAAGAGGGAGGCGCCAUUUUGCAGUGGAGCAAGAUUCAAGGAAAGAUGCCCAUGGGACUCUUUCUGCUGAUCGGUGCCGGUUCGGCAAUCUCUCACGCCUUUGACGAGAGUGGCCUUUCCCUGAAAAUCGGUGAUCAGAUGAAAAGUGCCGCCGACAAUCUGCCCAUGGUCCUCUUUCAACUGGCCUGUAUGCUCAUGGCUGCCCUGAUGUCCCAGGCAACCAGUGAUGUGGCUGUUGCGAACAUCCUCCUCCCCAUCACCUAUGGCGUUGCCUUGUCCAUGGAGGUUGACCCCCUACUGCUGAUGUUGCCGGUGGGGCUGGCCUGCUCCUUACCCUUCAUGUUGGUGGUGAGCACACCGCCCAAUGCCAUCGCCUUCCAGACGGGCUUCAUCACCCAGAGAGAUCUGCUGUGCUUUGGAGCGCCACUGACGCUCUCUGGGUUGUUUGUGACGUUCGCCUUCUGCUUCCUGAUUGCUUUCAAGCUGUUGGACAUCGAUGGGGGCGCAUGA